AUGAGUGCAAAUCCCAGCACUAGUCACACCGGUGGUGGUGGUGGUGGUGGCGGAAGUAGCUCCAGCGGUGGGCCAUGUGGAGCUUGCAAGUUCUUAAGAAGGAAGUGUGUUGCAGGCUGCGUAUUCGCACCAUAUUUCGAUUCGGAACAAAUAGGUACAGCCCAUUUCGCGGCGGUGCAUAAGGUGUUCGGAGCCAGUAACGUGUCGAAGCUCCUCCACAAUAUUCCGGUGCAUAAGCGGCUGGAUGCGGUGGUGACCGUAUGUUAUGAAGCUCAUGCCAGACUCCGAGACCCUGUCCAUGGCUGCCUUGCUCAUCUUUUUGCCCUUCAACAACAGGUGGUGAAUUUACAGGCUGAGGUCUCCUAUUUCCAAGCCCACCUAGCUACCCUACACCUAGAGGUUCCACCUACACCACCGGGAUUUUGCACCGCCAAUCUCCCAACCACCGCAUCUCCUCCGCCCAUCUACGAUUUGUCGCUACUUUUUGAUCCCAUGAUGCAACCACCAGCUGCAAGACAGAUGGAUCACCAUCAACUCAGUGCUGGCACCGGCGGAGCUCCACCGCACCAAGGUGGUGGUGGUGAUCUUCAUGCGCUAGCUAGGGAGCUUUUGCAAAGGCAGAGUACCAUGGCUUCUGAAACUUCACCUUUGCCACCACAUAGGAGAGGAAAUCAAAGACUCUGA